AGGGUUUUUUGGCUGGCGAAGCGGGCUGUGGAGCGGAGGUGCCUUCCCCCCUUUUUGCUCCCCCCUCCCUCCUCCUCCGCCUCACCUUCUUCCUCGCGAUGCCUCGCGUGGCCGCCCAGCCUUGCCAACGAGGGCCGCCGCGGGUUCCCGACCGUCGAGGGGCGCCCUCCCCAUCGGAGGAGGAAGACUAGGCGGGAAGAGAGGAGGAGGAGAAGAAGAAGAAGAAGGGAGCCCGCGAGGAUGAGGAGGAUGCUGCUGGAGGUGCUGCUGGCCUUGGCGGGGCUCUCCUGGGUGGGCGGGCAGAACGAGACCGAGCCCAUCAUCCUGGAAGGCAAGUGCCUGGUGGUGUGCGACUCCAACCCGGCUUCCGACCCCACCGGCACCGCGCUGGGCAUCUCCGUCCGCUCCGGCAGCGCCAAGGUGGCCUUCUCCGCCAUCCGGAGCACCAACCACGAGCCCUCCGAGAUGAGCAACCGCACCAUGAUCAUCUACUUCGACCAGGUACUAGUGAAUAUCGGGCUGAACUUUGACUCCGAGCGGAGCACCUUUAUUGCACCCCGGAAGGGCAUCUACAGCUUUAAUUUUCACGUGGUGAAGGUAUACAACAGGCAAACCAUCCAGGUGAGCUUGAUGCUGAACGGGUGGCCUGUGAUUUCGGCCUUCGCUGGGGACCAAGACGUCACCCGGGAAGCUGCCAGCAAUGGAGUCUUGAUCCAGAUGGAGAAAGGAGACAGAGCCUAUUUAAAACUGGAGAGAGGAAACUUAAUGGGAGGAUGGAAAUAUUCCACCUUCUCUGGAUUUCUAGUAUUCCCUCUUUAAACAACUUGCCUGCUGGAGGAAGGGGGAAAAGGGGCCACGGAAGCCUGAGAUUUGCUUGACCGGCUCCUGAAUCGUAGCUGGAGAGACACAGCUUUGGACCUCCUUUGGAUCAUGUCUACAUAUUACAGAAGUUAAAUCCUUACUUAGGUUUGUGUACAUUGCUUGGAAGAGCUUCGUUAAGAGUGCAGCCAAGAGGCAGAAGAUGCUUGAAUUCGCCACCUUACGAUAACACUUCUUUAUUUUUCUUCUCCUCCUUUGCAAACUGAAUUAGUUUUCUCUCCCUUGAACCGGUUUAUUCUCAUCGCCCUCCUUUGCCAACAUCUGUAUGUUUUCUACUUUGCACUAUCCGUUUGCGAUCGACCUUGGGUUUCU